AUGCUGGUCUGCCUCAGAGCCACUAUACCACUCCCGUGCUGCUCUCAGUCUUUUCACAAGAAAUUCAAACUUCUCAAGUUUGAGAUGAGAACCUUUAACCGUACUCAGUUUGGUGGCUUACCAGCGAAAACCAAAGAAGCAUUCAACAAUCUCUGUCUGCUCCAGGAUAAGGCAUUAGCAAACCCGGACUCUCCUACUUUUGAAGCAGUCUCAAUCACUGCUGAUCGCUGGCACUACCUUGCAAGUGUAGAGGAAAGAUUCUAUAGACAACUCAAAGUCGACACAUGCGAGAUAUUUACUGAUCCUUCUGACAUCAAACGAGAGGUCGUCCUACAUUUUCAGCGAUUCAUGCAGUCACAUGCUCCUGAAUCAGAGACGGCGACUUCGGAAUAUAUGCGGGAUCUCUUAACAUAUCGCUGCUCCCCUGAUAUGGCGGCUUCCCUCUCGGCAAGCGACUGA